UUUACAUCGAACAUUCAAUAUAAAUUCUUUUCCUGAGUGCCAUACUGUUGCUUUGAUAGUAGACCAAAAUUUCCUUUGAUUGUCAAAAUGAAAAUCCAAAAUGGCGGCCAACGGCUCCACCGAGUAUACUAAAAGCACGUUGCCGGACCGGGCCCCACACGCAUGUUUUUCUCAGCUGAUAGGCAGCCCCCCUUCGUCGGAGUAGUCGGAGUUUCGGACGGCGCGAUAAAAGGUGGGCCCCAAGACUGCUCCCCAGAGGUGGGCUCCACGCGGUCCUUGCACCAGACGGACGGGGCCUAUCAAUCAAGUGUUGUCGUUCUGCAGGCAUCGCGGAUGCCGAGCCAGAUUGACGGACCGUGAUAUCGUCGAUUUCUGCAUAGAACCGCGGGCUCGCUAAUCUUAUCUCGGAAUUGUCCCCUGACGUGCAAAUCCCGCGUGUGUGUACGUGUGUGUGAGUGCGUGCAGCGAAUCUUGUUGUUUUCGUCGAGAUAGUGCUUUAUCGUUUGCUUUUGUCGCGAGAAUUUGCUCAGACCUGAGCCAACCGGAAUCGUAAAGGAGUAUUAUUUCCGUGGGGCAGCAUUCAACUCGCGGUCGCGCCAUCAGUCGCUGCACCAUCUGGAAGAGCACCAGGACACCAGAAGGGCACGAGAACGGAAGAGGGGUUCUCCAUAACAAUAGGACACCGCACCUGCACCUGCCUCUUGCAAAUUUGCAUCGGAACGGAACGAAAGCGAAGGCAACAAAAUAAUCACCCCCAACUCUUCGUCAAGGACCUCGGUCUCGGUGUGUGGUGUAUCGAUCUAUCCCGCAAGAGAGGCCUUCGCCCCUGGAUGUGGCUUGGUUGGAGCCGUAACGCAAGGAUACAUACAUCCGUCGCCUACUAAGAAGCAUCCUUGAGCAUCAACGAGGGUAGCGAAGAAAACAAAGUCACCGUUGAACGUUCGAGAACACACAUACACCACACAUCCUGGCCUACCACGACGGGCAGGUGGCGGAAGCUGGAGGCCAACCGGGGUGCAGCUAGAGCAGCGACAGGACGAUGAAUCCGAGGAUCGUAAUCAUUGGGGCGGGUGCGGCCGGUGUGGCCGCUGCCACCCGGCUCAUCGAGCGCGGCUACAAGAAUGUGAAGCUGCUCGAGGCAGAAAAUCGCAUCGGAGGCCGGAUCCAUACCGUCCCAUUCGGUGCCAACGUCGUUGACCUGGGCGCACAAUGGUGCCACGGAGAGAAGGGUAACGUGUGUUACGAGCUCGGUUCCAAGUAUAACGUGUUCGACUCGAACAGCGCCCGUUACGAACGGUUCGUGCUGACACGCUCCAACGGUGAACAGAUACCGAAGGAGCAGAGCGAGAAACUGCUCGGUCUGAUCUGGUCCAUCCUGGAGACGCACAAGCACGAACUGACCGCUUACCGUGGCUCGCUGGGAUCGUUUCUGGUGGGCAAAUUUCGGGCCCUGCUCGAGACAGCCGAGUACGCGGAUGUCAACAACGCGACCGCCUAUCAGGUGCUGGAAUUUUUCCAUAAAUUCGAAAACUCCAUCGAAGCCUCUGACAGCUGGUUCGAUACGUCCGGGCCCGGCUAUCUGCACUACUGGGAGUGUGACGGGGAUCUGUUGCUGAACUGGCGAGACAAGGGCUAUCGGACGGUGCUCGAGAUACUGAUGAAACGCCAUCCACUACCAAUCGCUUCGGAGGCGAUCAAUCUGGAGGAGUAUACCCACUUCAACAAAACGGUAGCCAAUAUUAAUUGGACCGCCGGUCCGGAUAGUCUCGUCAGCAUUCGGUGUACGGACAAUAGUGUGUACGAUGCGGACCACGUGAUUUGUACUGUGUCGCUGGGUGUGUUGAAGGAACGUUACCAGACGCUCUUUACGCCCGAUCUGCCACCGAUCAAACGGAAUGCCAUCCAGGGCCUCACGAUCGGAACGGUGAAUAAGCUGUUCCUGGAGUUUGAGAAACCCUUUUGGAGUCCGGGUUGGCAGGGCUUGAGCCUGAUUUGGGAUGCCGCGGAUUUGGAGGAGAUUCGGAAGCAUCGCGAUAGCUGGAUGGAAGAUGUGUUUGGGUUCUACAUCGUCGAUUAUCAACCGAACGUGCUGUGCGGUUGGAUUUCGGGCAAGAAUGCCCGCCGGAUGGAGCGUGCCAGCGAUGAGGAGGUGCGCAAUGCGUGUCUGUUUCUGCUGCGUAAGUUUAUGAAAAACUGUACCGUACCGGAACCGGUGCGGUUCCAGCGUACGACCUGGUACUCGAAUGCGAACUUCCGAGGAUCGUACACGUUCCGUUCGCUGACGACGGAUCUGCUGAAUACGUCCGCCUCGCAUCUUGCCAUUCCGUUGACCAACUCCUGUGGGAUGCCGGUGGUUCAGUUUGCCGGUGAAGCGACGCACGAUCACUACUACUCGACGGUGCACGGGGCGGUUGAGACGGGAUGGCGUGAGGCGAAUCGAUUAAUCGAUUUGUACGAUAGACUUAUACCACCCUUCAAUCAUGGUCCGAAGGCGUACGUCGAUGUGCUCAUUUUGGGUGCCGGGAUCGCUGGGCUGGGUGCCGCUAAGCAGCUGCGUAAUUCCGGCAAAAGUUUCGCCAUCCUCGAAGCCCAAUCCGUGCCUGGUGGGCGAAUCAGUACGAAGACACUCCGGAAACACCACACGGGCACUGGACCGAAGGGAGCGAAUCAGUUCGUCGAGGCAGGUGCCCAGUGGUUGCAUGGCCGCCAGAACGAGCUGCAUGAGGUUGCUAAGCGGAAUGGGCUUCUACGAGAGGAAACAUCGGAGGAAGGACUCGGUGAGUUCUUGCGAGACGAUGGCUUCCGGAUAGAUGAUCAUCUGGCGAAACGGGUCGAUUUCAUUGUCGGCCAGAUAUUGGAGCAAUGCGAAGAGUUUGCCCAGCGACCACCAGCGGAAGGUGCGAAAGAGAAAGAGAAGGAAAAGAAUGCAACACCCUAUCCGGCCUCGCUGGAGGUAUUCCUGAAGGAGCAGUUUCGGAAGCGUAUCGAGAAGGACUUUACCGCAGAGCAGAAGGUGCUGGCCCAGCAGCUGCUCGAUUGGCACUGCCGGUUUCAGAUCAUCGACAACUCCUGUCUGCACGUGUCGGAUAUUUCGGCGAAACUGUGGGGCAGUUACUCGUUCAAUGGCGAGAGCUGUCAGGCACACAUUAACAUGCGAUACGGAUUUCAGGCGCUCGUCAACUGCCUAGUGGAGGAGAUUGGGCUAGAGAAGAUCGUGUACAAUAAGGCGAUCUGCGAGAUCCGUUGGCUAGAUGGCCGGGGCAAGGUGCUAGUGAAGUGUACCGAUGGGACGGUGUACUGUUGUCAGCAUUUAAUCGUAACGUUUUCGCUGGGCGUUCUAAAGGACACGAUGGAUCAACUUUUCCAACCGAAUCUGCCGGAAAGCUUUACCCGAUCGAUACGCAGCAUUGGGUACGGUACGAUCGAUAAGAUCUUCCUACAGUUCGAGGAACCCUGGUGGGGUAAAGCGGAAGGCAUUCAGCUGGUGUGGCGUGACGAGCUGCGCAAGGAUUCCCACUGGACACGCUUCAUAUCGGGGUUCGAUGUGCUCAGUCCAGGGCCACCGAACACGCUGCUCGGCUGGAUCGGUAGCUACGGUGCGCUCGAGAUGGAAGCGCUGAACGAUGAGCAGAUCGUGAGCGAUUGUGUUUUUAUUUUGGAAAAGUUUACCAAGAAAAAAGUACCUAAACCUGUCAAUUACUACUGCACGCGAUGGAAUUCAAAUCGAUAUAUCCGUGGCUCGUAUAGCUACACUUCCGUUAACUGUGACCACGAGAAGAACUUCAUGUCCAAUAUUACGGAGACACUCAUAUGCAAUCAGUACGAUAAGCUGGGAGAAGAGUCACGUAAAAAGAAGGAACCGACGGUAGUCGCUGUAAGCCAGGCAACCACUUCCGGUAGUGUUACAAGCGCUAGCAGUAGCACCGGUAGUAGCAAUAGCAGCAAAACCACGUCCACGAUAACUGCAACCAGCAAGAAGGCUGCUACGACGACGGCAACCAGCACGACUACUACCGCUACAGUUAGCAGUACCAAAGGCGUUGCCAAGACGACGACCACGACGACGACGACGUCGACGACGGCAACGACGACGUCGACGGGAACGACGACAUCGUCUACAUCGUCGGCAAAGCCAUCGGUGGUGUCUACUGCCAGCACAGGCAGUAGCAAACCGAAAACGGCCAGCGUAGCUGGUGCCACUGGCAAUCAGACUGGUGUACGGAGCAGUGCCACGAUUCACUUUGCCGGUGAAGCGUGCCACGCCAAGUACUUCUCCACCGUGCACGGAGCGUAUCUUUCCGGCAUGGAGCAAGCAAAGAAGGUGCUCGAGCUGCAGUAGCAGCCGCAACCAACUAGAACGUGAUAGUAACUUGUAGGGGAGUCGAAUUAGCACCAAUUUAGUGACGCACGCUGCAACAUGCAAAACUUCACCGUAUAGUACCGUAAAAGCAAUCCCUCAAAACACACAACUCCCGAACACAACCGGGAACAAGGCUGGCAGGGUUUAAAAGUUAAACAUUUAAGCAUCUAGAGAAACAAAUGGAAAUGAAACAACCAAUUAGAAAAGAAGGGCGCCGCAGGCACAAUCUAUAUUUACUGUUUUAUCUUUCCUUGCCGUAGGAAACUUAAUCAAUUCGAUAGGAGGAAACUGUUGUUAUACAACUCUUUAACUCAGCCCCUCCCCCUCCAGCGUGGUUGACGUGGGAUUUAUGAAGCUCACUUUCCAUCAUCUGCUCCUGUGUUAUGUGCAUUUAUCUUCUUCCCAGGAUGGCCUGCCAAUAGUGUCAAACCGAGAGUAUAGAGAUCAAAUGUUAUAUUUACACUGCGUUGUUCAUGUUUGCUCCCCCUCUUCUCUUCCUCAUCUGUUCCUCAUUCAAUACGAGGAAACGUUGGUUCCUUUUUGCCCUAUCUUAAGUAGCGAAGCUUUAAACGGUGGCCAGUAACAGAGCCUCUAGGUAAGCGACAUUAAACUAAAUCAAAAUGAAGGAAGCAAAAGGGAGUGUAGGGGAGAAAAAGUUUGGAGCAGCAAAUACCAAUCAAAUUAAGUAGCAUAUUUUGAUCGAUCGACGAGUAGUAACGUAGUGUGUAGUGUGGAGUAGCGUAGCGAGGGGAAGACCGAACCGAAUUGAAUGUAAUGCCAAUCCCAGCAGUGAUAAGACGGUAUAGGAAGGUGAAAGAGAGCAGGCGAGAGGGUGUGAAAUGUAUUUUUUCCCCCAUUUUUAUUAGUGUGGAAUCUUUAAUUAGAGUCGAUUUUCUUGAAUACAUCAACAGUGAAAUGAAACUAUCGUCGCGUUGCUUCUCACUUUGUUCC